AUGACUGCUGCAUCCCCAGUGCCUCACGCUGUUCCACCAGAGGGGAUCAAUGGCGCAUCUGGUCAUCUCUCACACAAUUUACCUCGCUAUCAAGCCAUUGCGAUGAAUCCCAAUCCACCUACGCAUCCGGCAAUGCCCCCGCCAGAGCAAAUGGUACAAAAUCAUCACUACCGUCCCUAUGCGCCGCCUCCAGCGCACGAAUCACACUCUGGACCUCCGCCUCCACCACCCGCGCCUGCUCUUUCUUCCCUCGACCAAAUCGAAGCUCGUUUGCGGCAACUCGAACAUGAGGAAAUGAACCGCAUGGCUGCUCGCCAGCACCUGUUAGCGAUCCGCAAACGCGAGGAUGAGGAAUUUCGGAGAAUGACCGAGAGUGCGGAGGCUGAAGAGGAGGAUCUUCGACGUCAACGAAAGAAGAUCAAGAGAGAGUCCAUGGGUCUUGGACCCAAUCAGCCAGGCGAUUCCCCUCCCAUGCGGCCAACACCGUCUCGUCGAUUGUCGGAAACCAGUGCUGCGACGACGCUGGCCUUCUUCAAGCAACAGAGCCCUCCGGAACCCCGUCAAACGCCCUUACCACCCUUGUCACGCACGCCGCAGCCGCCACCUCAUCUGAUGCAUCCUCAGUCCCAGCACCCUUCAGCCCCUCGUCCGCCCUCUGCAACCCAGCAUUCGCAUUCGCAAGCUCAUCCUUCUCAAACUCAACCCCAACAUCAACAACCUCAUCAGCAUCCUCACCCGCACCAUUCGUCUCAUCAGCAUCAAGCCCCACACCUGCAUCCGCAUUCUCAUCCGCACCCUCAUUCGCACCAACACCCCCACCAGCAUCAAGGCCACCAGCAUCAAUCCCACCAGCACCACCACCAGCAUCACAAUCAGCAUCACCAAUCUGUCAAUUCGCAAGAACAGAUGAAUGGCACAGGAUCUGUGCGCCGGAAACAAAAGUAUACGAUCAAAAACGUGGAGGCCUGGGGAGAACGCCAUGGCCGCCCUGCAGCCCAUGAUCCCUCCGGGCGUGCGCUCUGGAAGCGGCCCUCGGAUGGGAGCUUGGUGUAUCUGACUUGCCCAAUUCAAGGUUGUGGCAAGUCUGACUUUGUCACCUUGCACGGCUUCAUGUGUCAUUUGACCAAAAAGCACAAGGACCGAACUCUGGGCAGCCAGUCGCGCGCUCUCGAGAUGUGUGGUGUGAUCUAUGACCCGAAUGCGCCGCUUCCCCCUGUACAAGCGUCCAACCGCGCGUCCAUGGAAGACAGUCCACUGGAGGGAGGUGUUGACGAUGAAGGCCACGAUCACGAGAUGGAUUCAGAGCCUGAGGACAGCGAAGAGUCGCGAGAGGAGAUGUACCGGAUGAAGACGGAGGCAUCCGAGCGGCACAUGCUCGAUGGACAGCGAACUCCCGAAUCACAGAAUGCCUCGCCCAUUCCUGCCAGGCCUACCAUGAGUAGCUCAAACAAGCCCUCGAUCUCCUCGAUCAUUGACCGGACCCCGGAUUCGGGAUCCGGCCGUGAAACCCUCUCAUCGGUGCCCUCUUCUGACUCCCUGUCUCAGGGGCUCACGCCGGUAUCCAUGGAACAAUCUGUGCCAUUGAAGCGCAAAUAUGAGUAUUCUCCAGAGAAGGAGAACACGGAGCCCAGGCUUGGCUCUGCCAGUGAUUGA